AUGAAUGCAUCAUCUGGCAAUGUGACUGUAGUCUUACAGUAUCGAGACUCAUUUGCUAAAGCUGUGACCAAGAAUUUGAUUGUCGUGUUCCUUGGCAUCUCCAUCAGCUACAUCAAUGUCAACCUCAUUCACACGUUCUGCAAACACCAGAUUUUCUACAAGAAUCCCAGAUAUGUCCUCUUUAUUCACCUGGUGAUCAAUGACAUGGUCCAAGUGAUGCUGACUGCCAUCCUGUUCAUCAUCAGCUACACCAUCUACAAACUCAAUGUCUCCGUCUGCUCCAUCUUUACGUUGCUCGCUCUCUUCACCACUGAAAAUUCCCCUCUGAACCUGGCUUGCAUGGCAGUGGAGUGCUACAUAGCCAUCUGUUUCCCCUUGCGUCAUGUUCAGAUUUGCACUGUCCAAAGAACUUUAAUCUUGAUCAGUUUAAUUUGGAUGAGCACAACAUUGUCUGUCCUUCCUGAUCUAUUCAUCACCUUGGCCACAGAACCCCUGGAUUUUUUUCAUUCUCGUGUGUUUUGUCUCAGAAACAUUGUCUUUCCACAUCCCCUCAUCAUCCAGAAGAGGGAUAUCACAUAUGGAGUGUUUCUAGUUAUAGUUUGGGUUACUAUCAUUUACACAUACCUAAAGAUCCUAUUCACUGCCAAAACAGCAAGCAAAGAUGCCAAGAAAGCCAAAAACACAAUCCUCCUGCACGGGUUUCAGCUGCUGCUGUGCAUGGCAACAUAUGCAGCUCCCCACCUAACAAAUGCUCUGCAGAAAUGGUUUCCUACGAAUUACACUGAUUCCCUCUUCGUGAUCUAUGUUACAGUUCAAAUACUGCCACGAUCCAUCAGCCCCAUAAUCUACGGCAUUCGUGACAAGACUUUUAGGAAGUUCUUGAAAGGGAAUCUGUUGUGUAAAAUCACCGUACAUAAAUCAGACAAUCAAAAUAAUGGUGCUGAAACCCAGGAUGGGGAACUGGGCCACCAAAGGGAGGCGGGGGUGAAAAUGGUGGCCCAAAUGGUUCCCGUACCAGGUGAGCCUGCUCAGCUGGAGGGCAAGGGGUGCGACAGCCCCACUAAGCCUGAGUCCGCCGUUCUGGCCAGACCGGCCUCACCUCCACCAGAAGCCGGCGCACCAAUUGAUCAUGCGUGCUGGACGUCAGCCCAACGUGCUGUUUCCGCCUGCCACUUGCCCAACCUCCAGACCAGCUUCUCUGACGCCGCUGGAUCCACGGACAGCCACCUGAACGCACACCUCCCAGUCACCGUGCCAGGUGCCAGUGGGGCCAACGGUCCGGGCUGA